AUGCUUUUCAGUGUCGGACUCCUCGCCCUUGCGGCUUUGCCUUCGUCUUUCGGAGCUGUCAUUCAGGCGCGCCAGGACGACCCCGAGAACCCUCCCCGUGAUCCCCAGCCUCCUCCUCCCGGCCCCAUCUUCGGACGGGCACCCGAGCUCGACAAGCGCUUCCAGCCUGCUCUCGACUUCGACACGGACAGCUGCUACAAUGUACCGGCAAUCGGCCCCAACGGCGACCUCGCCAUUGGCAUGUUCCCUUUCGAGUGGCCGCCCCAAGCGGGCUGCCGCAACGAAGAGAUGCUGGACCGAGGCAAUGUCUACUCCCGCCAGCGCUGCAACAAUGGCUAUUGCGUCAUUUUCUACGCCUACUACUUCCAGAAGGAUACGGCGACACCCAUUGACGGGCACCGCCACGACUGGGAGCACAUUGCCGUGUGGGUGCGCCAGAGCGACAGCUUCGUCACGCACGUUGCCGUCAGCCAGCACAAGGGCUACGAGAUUCGUGAAAACUCCCAGGUCACCUGGACUGCGGCGGAGAAUGGCAAGCCGGCGAUUGUCUACCACAAGGACAGCAUCCUGACACACUGCUUCCGGUUCGGCAAUGGCGCCGACGCCGGUGGUCCCGGGCCGGAGAACCACCGGAACCAGUGGAUCACGGGCCCGCUUCUCGGGUACUUUGGCUGGGACACCGUCGAGCAGAGGGACAGGAUGCUGACGCACAACUGGGAGGCUGGUGCUAUCGCCAUCAAGAACGAAAACUUUGCUGAGAACAUUCGCAAGGCUCGGCCUGCUGGACUGGUAUUUGACGAGAACAUUGACGACGAGGGCACCAACAACAUCUGA